GAAUACCGACCACAUUGUGAUGGCGGCUGUGGCUACGAGGAGGUGCAGCUGGGCAUGCGGGUGGCCUCAUCUUUGCUUUACUGCAAUGUGGCGGAUCAGGGAGGGAGCACCAUCUUCACCAAAGAUGCGACGAAGUUUACGCCGCGCCGUGGAGACUUCCUGUUCUUUGUGUACAAGUCCGACCCUUCAUUCAUGAGCAUGCACGCCGCAUGUCCUGUGCUACGGGGAGUGAAAAGUACGGCCACGCAGUGGUAUCGGGAGGGAGUGCGAAAAGGUUGGACCUGGGAAGAUGUGAACGACCUGGGAUACAGUCGCUCCGACUCCAAGGAGCUCUGA